GUGAUUUGGCACCAAUGAAGGUGACUUUGCAAAAACCUCAGUCUAUUUUCCCAUUUCGCAAGCAACAACCCAACUAAAACACCCCCGUCACGCACCGACGUCAACGGAGACGUGUCACCGGCGGCGAGAAGACCCAGAACCUUCUAGAUUUUUCUUUCCGGCCGCAAUGGAUCUCUGGGAGAGGGCCCGCGCCUUCGCCGGCGAGGCGGCGAAGCGGUCGCAGGAGCUCUCGGCAGAGGCGGCCAAGCGCUCCUCGGCGCUGGUCUCGGAGACGGCGAAGAAGUCCAAGGAGAUCUUCUCGGAGACCGCCUCCAAAUCGCGGGAGAUCGCCGCCGAGGCCACCAAGCAGGCCGACCUCCUCGCCGGACAGAUCAUGCACCUCGCCUCCGACCUCCCCGUGCCCUCGAUCCCGCCCAUCCCCGCGAUCUCUCCCGUACCCUCCGCCGCCGCGCCGGAGCCCGACGCCGCGGAGCUCGAGCGCUACGCCAUCACCGACGACCUCCGCGACUUCGUCAAGGGCAUGGCCAUGAACACCUUCCGUGAUUUCCCCUUGCAAGAUGAGCCAGAAAUGUCGGAUGUGCCCACAGUGUCGAAUGUGCGUCAGGAUCUGAAUGAGUGGCAGGCCAGGCACGCCACACUCGUUCUCUCGGCCGUCAAGGAAAUUUCAAAGUUCAGAUAUGAGCUAUGCCCAAGAUACAUGAAAGAGCGUAAAUUCUGGCGGAUUUAUUUCUUGCUAGUAAACAACUACAUAGCCCCCUUUGAGAAGAAAUAUUUUGAGGAUCUGAAAGUGAAAGCGGAGGAGGAAAAAAAGGAUUCCCAGAAGGAAGUAUCCCAGACCGCACAAGCUACAACUGCAGAACAGAAAGACACAAAAGUGCCAAGCAAAACUUCUACUUCAACAAAUCCGGAGCAUGAUCUGGAUGUAUUUCUCCUGGGAGAUCUGGGCAGUGACGAUGAGGGUCCUGAUGGUGGUGAUGAUGGGCUAGAUGAUGACUUUGAUAAGAUUGAUGGUACCUCAGGAUUGGAGAGUGAUGACGAUGACAAAAAUCCAGCAGCAGGAAAGGCAGAAAAUGCGAAGUAGUAGGCGCAGAGUAGCUGGUCUUACGCUACGCUUCCAGAUGCUAUUGUACAUUAGCUGAUUGCAUUCCAUCUCAUUCGUUAUCUCCCAAUGAAGCAAUGUUAUGCCUCUCACCUUUUUUUAUUUUUGACACAACUCUAGAAACCUGUACCACUGUUGUGAUUCUUUUCGUAUCAAACUGUUCUGCGUA